AAGUCCUUUCUCUCUCUGUCACAAACACAAAGACAGAGUUAUUAUUCUCUUCCUUUUCUCUUCUAAAACAGAACAAUGGGUGUUCUUGAUAAACUAUCUGAUUAUUUCUCUGUGUCUCUCUCACCAACAAGGGGAAGGAAACGCAAACCAAUGCAGACAGUUGAAAUAAAAGUGAAAAUGGACUGUGAUGGGUGUGAAAGAAGAGUUAGGAAUUCUGUUGCUUACAUGAAAGGUGUCAAGCAAGUGGAGGUAAAUAGAAAGCUAAGCAAGGUAACAGUUAGUGGCAAUGUUGACCGAAACAGGGUAUUGAAGAAAAUAUUGAAGACUGGAAAAAGAGCAGAGUUUUGGCCUUAUAUUCCAUAUAAUUUGGUGGCUUAUCCUUAUAUAUCACAAGCAUAUGACAAGAAAGCACCAUCUGGUUAUGUUAAGAACUCCAUGCAAGCACUAUCUAGUCCAAAUGCAAUGGAUGAGAAACUUACUAAUCUUUUUAGUGAUGAAAACCCUAAUGCGUGUUCUAUCAUGUAAUAUUAUGGUAAUUAAUGUAUAAGAGCUAAGUUGCAAAUUGGUGAUUUGUAUUACAUGUUUCAUAUGGUUAUUGGCUUUAGCUAAUAAAAGAUUUUGGGUUCACAUGUA